AAAUACAUGUAAUAUAAAAAAAAAGGAAGAUGCUGGUGAUGUGUGUGUAAGAACCCGCUUCACAUUCACACUGAGUUUUUUCUGGAACUGCCCUAAUGCAUUUGUUGAAGCCAAGGAGAAGAAUGGCAGCAUUCAGUCUUUAUGGUACAGAGGGAUUAAUUUAAGAAUAAAACACUCAGCUUGUGAGCUUUUUGAACUGAAUAAACCUUGAAUAUGCAACCUGCAGUUUUAAACUAAAAUGGGGGAAGUACCACUGAGCAAUCCUGGAAUGUCUUGGAUUGGAAGCUACCUUACAGAUCAUCUAGCUCCAACCCAUUGCCACCCACUCAAUUAGGUCAGAUCAGCGUGGAUCUGCUCUGAGCAGGGGACUGUGUUAAGUAACCUCUUGAGGACCCUUCCAAAGCAAGUUAUCCCAUGGUUCCGUGAGACCAUAGAAUCCAGAAGAACCAGUGCUCUCUUGCAACACGGUGCUUUUUCAGAUAUUUCUUGCUGCUCACUGUGUCACAGAACUCACAGGGAACCAUGCACAAACAAGCAUCAGAAAAGCUUACCAAAAUACUAUGGAUAAGAACUUGGAAGAUGAGCAGUUUACUGGAGUGAUUAAAUUCAUGCCACCAUUAUACAAACAACGUUAUGAGUUUGUUAAAGAUUUAGUGAGGAAAUACAAGCCAAAAAGGGUGGCAGAUUUAGGAUGUGCCGACUGUACGCUUCUCUGGAUGCUGAAAUUCUGUAGCUGCAUCGAAGUGCUAGCUGGGUUAGAUAUAUGUGCGACUGUGAUGAAAGAGAAAAUGCAUAGGUUAACUCCUCUUCCUGCUGAUUAUUUGGACCCAUCUGAAAGAUCCCUAACUGUGACUUUGCAUCAAGGCUCAGUUGCUCAUAAAGAUUCCUGCAUGCUUGGUUUUGACUUGGUAACGUGCAUUGAGCUAAUAGAGCACCUGCAAGAAGCGGAAGUAGAGAAAUUUCCUGAAGUGGUGUUCGGUUUCAUGGCUCCAAGCAUGGUUGUGAUCAGCACUCCAAAUGCAGAGUUUAAUACGUUGCUUCCAGGAGUGACAAUUUUCAGGCAUCCAGACCACAAAUUUGAAUGGGACCGAGCACAGUUUCAAAGUUGGGCUCAAGAUACUGCUAAACGCUAUGAUUACUCGGUGGAAUUCACGGGUGUAGGGAACCCCCCAGCAGGAAUGGAAGAUGUUGGGUUCUGUACCCAAAUAGGUGUAUUUGUUAAAAAAUACCCUCAAACUAGAGAACCUGUGAAGUGUGAGAAACCCAAUGAAGCAGCUUACAAAACUGUCUUCAAAGCAGUGUAUCCAAGCCUUAAAGAUGAGAAGUACCUGCAGAACGCGGUGGUCAGUGAAGUUAUGUUCAGAGCAGAAAUCAUUAAGCAAAGUCUGCUGGACCACCUAAUGUCAGAAUAUGAAGACUAUAAUGAUGAUCCUACAGAGAGGAAAGUGAAACUGCAAUGUUCAGUGAACUGUUUUUCAGAAGAUUUUGAGACACUGGCUGUUGAAAAAAGCAUGGAGCCAUUUGUCAGUGGAAACGUGGUCUAUAUACCUCUCAGAAAACUUUUUUCUUUUCCUAAAGUCAAGCAGCUCUGUGGCACUUUUGAGAACUUUUGCAGGCUUAUUACUGGCAAGGUCACACUGAACAGUGAUCAUUCUGCUGUGAUGCUCAAUAUUGAAAAUGAAGAUGAAGAGAGUUAGAUUGGUUUUCUUACUUCAGGUCAAGUAAUGAAAGCACUGAUUUUAGCAGCUGUAGAUUGGUGCAUUCUGUAUGCUAACUGGAAACAUAAACGGCUCAGAACGUAUCUGUCAGCUUUAUUUUUUCCAUGCACACCAAUGUGGCCCCAGUUUUGAUAACUUGUAUUUUUGUGCCAUCAGAGGUGGUUUGAGUCUGCAGUUUGUAUCUCACAGUGUCUUUGGUGGCUUGGAAUGAGCAAGUAUCAAUGUAACUAACUUCGUGUCUGUGGAAUGUGUUUUACACCUUCGUGGAAAUUAAAAAACAACCAAAAAAAACUCUACAUACUGUCUCUUAAAGAGAAUGGCUACAUUAUGUUUCCUACAGUUUUGGCAGUAAAGAAAGGAAAGAGACAGCUGUAAUUCAGAAUAUCUUGCUUACCAUAUACAGAAGACCUACUUGGAACAGAUAAAUUUAAAUUGAAACUACAUAUUUUUACUAAAAUAAGUUAACAAUUUUGUGUGCCAGCUUUCCAUUUGCUUAAAUCAGUGUUAAAGUUCUCUUUGAUGUAUUGAAUUCAUGGUCUUUUCACGAGGUUUAGCCCUCCCACAGGACACACUGUGUACAGCUGUUCACUGUCGUGAUACUCUUCUGAUGAUUAUGUCUUCCUAGUGUCACAUUUAAACUUGACACUUGAAACUGAUGGACACCAGUUUUGCAGUCUGAAAUCAGGAUGAUGAAGUUUAUGAAAAUCAGAUGUUAUAAAUUAUGUGUGGUAACGUUACUGACCAGGAGGUGGCACGUGCAUCGACAGACAUACCAACUUCAGGAUCCUGAAGCAAGAGAUACCUGUUAGUGUCAUGAGGACUGUAGAAAAAUUAACCAGCAGGUACAAUAAUGAACAUUUUACUGAUUUGGCAGGAAAAAUAAAACAACUCAGUGAGAGCGACAUGAGUGUCUGGGUAGUGACCUAGGAGAUAUGAUUUAGUAGCUUUCUGUAGGUAUGGUAAAGGGAGGAUGGUUGGACUAGAUGAUCUUGUAGGUCCUUUGCAGCCUUGUGAUUCUUUGAGUUACUUCUGCAAUUUUGUGUUACUUGGGUGUCAAAGUGAACAAAGGUUACAAGAAGCCUAAGAAGUUCUGUAAAACAGCCACAUUCAGCAUUGAGAAAGAGCUUAAGUGGAAUCAGACCCCGAAGGAGGGUUCAGUGUAUUCUGGCAUCAGAAACAAAGGAGAAAGCGGAGAAAGCACACAGGAAAAAAAGGUAAUAAUAAAAGCCAAGGGUGAAAUGCAGUAUAAGAGAGUACUCAAGAUAAAGGCAAUAACUUGACAGCUAUUGAACAUAUUAGUAGGGAUUGAUUUUGGUUAGAAUAACCCGACAAACUAGUUUUGACCAGCAUUUUAGAUGCAAAGUGAGCAAGUUCUACAAAUAAAUUGUAGAAGUAUUGAAUUAUUUAGAUACAAAACAAAACUAAAUACCUCAUUCAUUGAGCCUGAAGGAGUUAACUGCCCACCUCCCCAGCCUUUUUUCUAAUACAUAGUAGAGCCAAUACAUUUUUGAACUGUUCAAGUCCUGUCACAGGCAGGCUUGUAGGGUAAAAGGUUCUAUGUCGUGCUUGUUAAUGUGAUUUUGAUUAAUGAGUUUUGGAUCAUUAAGUUGGAUAAUGUGUAAUUAGGGCUAGUUACUGAUGCCUUCAUGUUGUUUUCUUCUAUUUAAAUUAAAUAGAAGAAACACAAGCUUCUGAAAGGCUUCUGAAAGAGUUUCUGAAAUGACAAAAGUUCUCAUGCAGUCUUUGCAUCUACUUCCUGUAUACCAUCACAUCUCACGCAGUACUGUAAGCAAACAAUUUGCUUGGACACUGUCUAAAUCAAAUGCACUGACACUAGCACAUACUUAAAUAAUAGGUCAAAAGAGAAGACUAUGAAAAAAAAAAAACACCUGCAAAGUAGCAUCAUACUUACUCCUAUAAUUGGUUAUACAUCUCUGAACUAGGGCAAAACCUUCUUUGCUAAGGUGCUUGUACCUUUCUAUUCACUUAAAGCUGAAACAGUAAUGUAACUUUAUGUUUUUAUAACAAGAAAGCAACACAAUGCAUUUUUAACAGAA